UCAUUUCAUUUCAAGUUCCAAACUCUUGCUAUAGCUCCAUCAUUUCCAACAUGAAUAGUUCCUUCAAUUCUCAAAACUUACAAAAAUACCAGUCCCUUCCAAAACACAACAAAAAAAGGCUAAAUCAAGAACAACUUAAGCUUUUAGAGGCGAGUUUCGACUCAACCAAAAAACUCGAACCAGAGAAAAAACUCCAAUUGGCAAGAGAUUUAGGGGUUCCGUCACGACAAAUUUCAAUAUGGUAUCAAAACAGGAGAGCAAGGUGGAAGAAUCAGAACUUGGAGAAUGACUAUAACGCCCUUCAACUCAAGCUUGAAACUGCAUUAUCUGAGAAAAUGCAACUUGAAAAAGAAACUGAAACUCUUAGAGGAGAGUUGCAGAGAGCAAAUGAAAUGUUAAUUGCACUGAAGUCAGGUGCACAAGGGCAAAUUAGGGAGUUUUCACUUAGUUCAUGUUGUGAAGAUGUGAUGAGCUAUAGUACUACAUGGGUAUAUAGUGAUGAGGCUAACUACAAUUUGCAAUUUGAUGAGCUUUAUGCUAUGAUAGGUGCAGAAGAAGGGUCCAAUAAAUGUUGUUCAACUUGGUGAAAUGAAUAAAAAAGGAAAUCUAAUGAGAUUGAAUUUCAUACUCUCAAUUGUACAAUAAUCUUUGUUAAUCAAUUUUCCAUCCUA